AUCACCACCCAGGUACCGUUAUGAUGGAGUGUAAGCUUAAGCCCUCUGUAGUAAUAAAGCUACAGAAAUGCUCGCUUGUAUGAGGCGUUCAGAUCCGCCACAACCACCACCUUGAAUCAUACCCUCCGGUUGAACCUAAGCAGUCCUAUUCGAUGUCGAAAGUGACCAUGGCCCAGAAAGGAGAAAAUAAAGCAACGCGUCAAUGCUGGGAUUGUCUCAAACGGCGUCUAGUAUGCGACAACACGCUCCCACAUUGUAUGAAGUGUCAGAAAGCCGGUCGUCAAUGCUCUGGUUAUGAUGACGCAAAGCCGCUUCAGUGGAUCCAGCCAGGCAAGGUAACUUCUAGGCGGAGGAGGAAGAAAGAUGGUAGCUCGCCGAAAACCUACACCAUUGAACCCACAGCCAAUAGUGAGACGAGAACGUGUCAGGAUGUUAACGUACCUGAACAAACGAGCUGUAAGCCGAUGCAUGAAGAAGACUACAUUUGUGAGCCUGUAGAUUAUGAAGCAGCCCUGUCGUCUUGGGAGAAUGAUCGGGUCUCCCACCCUGGAGAUCGGAUCACGGACCUCCAUGCGUUAUCUUUCAAGAUGACAGCAAGUGCCAGAGAAGCGGGCAGGAUAUUUCAGAUCGGUGGAAGGGCUAAGAUCGAAGAGAUUGUCGAAAGUGGUUCACAUGAGGAGGCUGCAAAGUUGUUGCGCUCAGACCGUAAUCCACUUCAACGGCUCAAACGUCUACUCGAGGUUUUACAACUGCAGGACGUACCAACAUAUAGGGAUCUUACGGAUGAAACCUCGGAAGUGGUGCAAGCUGUUCAAUACUACAACCUGCGCAUACAUACAGCAUACAAGGCAGCUGGAGAGUUAGCACCUAAUCCUGCACUUGUGCCUUUCCCUCAACAGGCCUUGCAUCUGCUCACCCCGGCAAUCCACCAUACGCUAGUCUGCCUGUCCCUCAAUCAUUUUAUCCAUACUUCACCGUUGGGAAUCGACCGUGCAGUGCUAGCUCCCAAUCGGUGGAAGGUAUAUCACCACCGUGGAGCAGCUUUGCGGGCAUUAGGACAGCACAUUGGCCAAGACAAGACAAGAUGUUCGGAUAUGACAAUCACUACCAUUCUCAUGUUCAUGUGCUUGGAGCUCCAGAAUCCUUCUUUUGCAGACUGGCGUUCACAUGUGAAUGGCAUGAAGCGAAUAGUCGACCUAAGAGGUGGGCCGAAGAAGCUCAUGAAGGAAGCGCCACACUUGGUACCAUCGUUGGUACUUUACCUACUUAUUGUGUCCGUGGCCAACACGUGCAGUCCGUCGUGGGACCAAGUUGAGAUCAACAGCACUGCAGAUGAUGUGACCGAGGACAUCACCAGUAUCUACAGUCUCAUCUUUCCAUACACGCUCUGUCCACCCGAGCUGUUCACCGAGAUGCUGCAUAUAAACCGACUGCGCGCCAAAGCAUCUGCGGCAGUCUUGCAGUGUGAUUUUGAUGUAGACCACACAUUGAAGGCUUAUGAUCUGCUUGCUCGCAUCGAGGCCUUCUCGGUUGAAGAUUGGGCACAACCCGGCACCUUUUACAAUGAAUGGUUGAUUGUUGGCACAGUGUACAAGUCCGCCCUCGCACUGUACGCCAUCUUAUCCUUGGGCUCGCUCACUGUCCUCCCAGCAGAUGCUUCACUGCUUGACAUGCAAACAGUUCACGGCGAUAUCCUACUCCGCAAUCUGCGCACAGCACUCAAGGAUCCGCGUAUAGCUAGAUUCAUGGCAUGGCCGCUGGUGGUGGUGGGUGUAGAAGCUAUAUACCGUGGAGAGGCAACGAGGGACUGGAUCGGAGCAAGUUUGGAGGAGUUGAGCAGGACGCUAGGUACGAGUGGUCCGAUCAAGGCGUGUUCGGUAUUGAGGAGGUAUUGGAAGGGCGGGGUUUCAGGGUGGGAUGAGUGUUUCGAUCGGCCGUAUGUGUUUGUCAUCUAGAAAGCGAG